AUGGGUGAUUAAAAUAGUUUUUUUUUUUUUUUUUUUUAUUUUGUAAGCGCUCUAAUGCAUGUCAAUUGUGUCAACACCCUCCACCAAUUCCCCUGACUCAACCUGGUCCUGGGGUGAAAGGUGGCUCGUCUAUAAUCGUAUAGUGACGGCGGGGCAGGCCAAUUAACACCUAACAUAAGGAACACCCUCCACCAACUCCCUGCUCACUUGAUCACACAAUGCCCAUGCACCCAACUCCUCUCUCCCAGCUUCCUAAUCACUCCCCACAAAUACCCUCUCUCCCUCACUCUCUAUAUAUAUUAUGUAGUGUUCUUCAAUUCCCCACCCACACUCUCAUUCAUAUAUGCCUAGCUAGCUCCUUUACAACUACGUAUAUUACCUACUCGAUCACCCACAACCAUCAUGGACCUUCUCUUCUUAGAGAAACUCCUCCUAUCCCUCUUCUUCACCAUUCUUCUCGCUAUCUUCAUCUCUAAACUUCGUGGCAAGCGUUUCAAGCUCCCAACUGGCCCUAUUCCCGUCCCCAUUUUUGGCAACUGGCUCCAAGUUGGCGAUGACCUCAACCAUCGCAACCUCUCCGACCUCGCUCGCAAAUAUGGUGACAUUUUUAUGCUCCGCAUGGGCCAACGCAACCUUGUUGUUGUGUCUUCCUCAGACCUUGCCAAAGAGGUCCUUCACACUCAAGGGGUCGAGUUUGGUUCACGAACUAGAAACGUUGUGUUCGAUAUUUUCACUGGUAAAGGCCAAGACAUGGUCUUCACUGUGUAUGGUGAGCACUGGCGAAAGAUGAGGAGGAUCAUGACUGUACCCUUUUUCACAAACAAGGUUGUUCAGCAAUAUAGGUUUGAUUGGGAGGAGGAGAUUGCUAGGGUUGUUGAUGAUGUUAAGACGAUUCCCGAGGCAUCAACAACUGGGUUUGUGUUGAGGAAGCGAUUGCAGUUUAUGAUGUACAAUAACAUAUAUAGGAUCAUGUUUGAUAGGAGGUUUGAAAGUGAGGAUGACCCUUUCUUUGUGAAGCUUAAAACAUUGAAUGGGGAGAGAAGCAGGUUGUCUCAAAGCUUUGAGUAUAAUUAUGGAGAUUUUAUUCCCAUUUUGAGGCCAUUUUUGAGAGGCUAUUUAAAGAUAUGCAAGGACGUCAAGGAAAGGAGGAAUCAGCUCUUCAAGGAUUAUUUUCUUGAGGAGAGGAAGAAGCUCGCAAGCAUGAAAUGUACGGACAACAAUGCUAAAAAAUGUGCAAUAGAUCACAUUCUUGGUGAGAUUAACGAAGACAACGUCCUCUACAUCAUUGACAACUUCAAUGUCGCUGCAAUUGAGACCACAUUGUGGUCGAUUGAAUGGGGCAUCGCCGAGCUAGUGAACCAUCAGGAGAUCCAACAAAAGCUACGAAAUGAGAUUGACACGGUGCUUGGUCCAGGAGUGCAAAUCACUGAGCCAGACAUCCACAAACUCCCAUAUCUACAAGCUAUAAUCAAGGAAACUCUCCGGCUAAGGAUGGCCAUUCCUCUGUUAGUCCCACACAUGAACCUCCGUGAUGCUAAGCUUGGCGGGUUUGACAUUCCAGCUGAGACCAAGAUCCUUGUGAAUGCAUGGUGGCUUGCUAACAACCCAGCCAAUUGGAAAAACCCACAAGACUUCAGGCCUGAAAGGUUUUUAGAAGAAGAGGUCAAAGUGGAAGUCAAGGGCAAUGAUUUCAAGUACGUUCCUUUUGGUGUUGGAAGGAGGAGUUGUCCAGGGAUGAUACUUGCUUUGCCAAUUAUUGGAAUCACGUUGGGACGUUUAGUACAAAACUUUGAGCUCUUGCCUCCACCGGGACACUCAAAGCUAGACACUUCCGAGAAGGGAGGCCAAUUUAGCUUGCACAUAUUGAAGCAUUCUACUGUUGUUGCCAAGCCACGGGUGUUUUAAUUAAGAAAUCAUUGUGUUCUCUCUCUCUCUUGAAUACUGAUAUGUGUUCAUAAUGGGAAGGAUAUCUAGUAUAUUUUCAAGAUUUGUUGGAAAGUGUAAUUCUCAUUCUAUGUCAUUGAAGACCAAAUCAUGAUACUGAUUACUAAAGAAGAUUAAGGAAUUGAUUGCUAGAGAAAAUCAUGGGAUUGAAGCAAUCAAUAAUAUGCAAUUCAAAUAAAAUUAUCACUGAUUAUUGUGUGUAAUCUCUCUAUUAUUAAUAGAGAUUUUAUUGUAAUGUAUUAUUACGA